GGUUUAUAAAUUGAAGAGAUCCGAUUUAUAAAACCCUCACUACAUGAGUUGAACUCAAGAAACAUAAAAAAAACAAAUCACUUGUUGUUAUGCAUAUACUAAAAUUAUGUUUUUUUUAUGACAGAAAGCUUUUUGCAAAUUUUUAUGCUACAAUACAAAAUAUUAUAACAAUUCAUUCAGUUUCAUUAUAUAAAUUUGAACAAGUAAAUACUUCUUUGAAUGAUUUGUGCAACAGGUGACAAUCUUAAUUCGUGUAACUGCAGGCAAAAAUAAACAAAGUAUAAUUUUUCAUUAAUUUAUUUUUACGAAUCAUAAGGGCAAUGAAAAAUGUAUGGAGCAAUGGAAAACAAUAACCGAUUCGUGCUACAGAUACAUGUUGGUCUACUUUCACUACAUUAUGAAGCUCUUAGUGUGGAGGCUUCUAAACAAACAACUGCUGAAGAAAUUAUAAACUGUAUUACAGAACGUCUUGGUUUGAUUAGUGGACAAUAUGAGCUCGCCGAAGUGAUUGAAGAAUCAAAGGAGAGAAGAUUAGCGGCGUAUGAAAAUCCUGUUUUAGUAAUGUUGUUGUGGCCAUUACAACAUGACAAAACAAAUUUUAGAUUCUACCUUAGGGAAAUUCAAUCGGAUGUCCCGUGGUUACAUAUGUAUCCAUAUCGAUACGGAAUGGACAACUCUAUUUUGAGAAAUUUUAUUCCAUUAGUAUUAAAUUCAAAUAAUCGAGAAUAUCCAGAUUUGUGUCAACUUCCAGAUUUAAGUGAAAACAUACUACUGGAAAACCUUAAAAGACGUUUUGAAGCCGGCCACAUAUACACUUAUGUUGGGAACAUUUUGAUUGCAUUAAAUCCAUUUAAGUUCCAUCCCAUUUAUAAUCCGAAAUACGUGAGACUGUAUCAAAACCAUCGAAUCGGCCCUACCUUGCCUCCACAUAUUUUUGCGAUUGCAGACAACGCUUAUUAUUCUAUGCUCGAAGAAAAACGUAAUCAGUGUAUUGUGAUUAGCGGUGAAAGUGGAUCAGGAAAAACAGAAAGCACGAAUUUUUUAUUGCAUCAUCUUACUGCACUUUCGCAAAAGGGUUGUCAACGUUGUGGAUUAGAGCAAAUAAUUCUCAGUGCUGGACCAGUAUUAGAGGCUUUUGGAAACGCAAAAACAGCACACAACAACAAUUCAAGUCGGUUUGGCAAGUUUAUUCAGGUAAAAUACAAAGAAAAUGGUGUAGUUCAAGGAGCAGUUGUUCAAAAAUAUCUGUUAGAAAAAAGUAGAAUAAUAUCACAAGGUACAUUUGAACGAAAUUAUCAUGUAUUUUACUAUUUGUUGUUUGGAGCAAAUGAGAAGGAAAGAGAAACGUACUUCAUUCUGCCAACUGACUCGUAUAACUAUUUAAAUUGUAAAAAUAUUAAAAUAGAGAGCAUGGACGAGAGAUAUGAGUUUUCCAGACUUAAACAAAGUAUGGAAAUGGUUGGCUUUUCGGAAACAAAACAGUGUCGAGUGUUCAGUGUUUUAUCGGCAGUCUUGCAUAUCGGAAAUGUAGAAUUUGUUCCAAAACGAGGAGCAUAUCAUCAUGAUGAAAGUGUUCAAAUACGUAAUUUUAAUGUUAUAUCAAUUAUUUCACAUUUGUUAAAUUUGAGAAAAGAAACACUGCUUACUGCUUUAACAUCAAAAAAGGUUAGGGCAAGUGAGGAAACUGUUGUAGUGAAUUACAAACUAGCAGAAGCAAUUGCAGCACGAGAUGCCUUAGCAAAAUGCCUUUAUAGUGCACUCUUUGAUUGGAUAGUUUUACAGAUCAAUUUUGCUCUCCUCACCAAAGAUUACACUAGACAUACUGGAAAGUCUAUUGGUGUCCUAGAUAUCUUUGGAUUUGAAGAUUUCGGUUCACAAAACAGUUUUGAACAAUUAUGUAUAAAUUAUGCGAACGAACAUUUGCAGUACUAUUUUAAUUUGCAUGUAUUUAAAUUUGAGCAAAAUGAAUACAAAAGAGAGGGUAUUAUUUGGACUGAUAUUGAGUUUUCCGAUAACUCGGAAUGCUUGCAUUUGUUUGAAUCUAAGCCAAGUGGGUUGCUUUGCAUUUUAGAUGAUCUAUGCAGCCUUGCAGCGGUUACUAAUGAAACAUUAAUUGAAAAAUUUAAUGCAACACACAAAGACAAUCGGUUUUAUGAAAAAACACAAAAGCAAGAAAGUGCUUUCAUAAUAAAUCAUUAUGCAGGAAGUGUAAAAUAUAAGGUUACGGACAUGAAAGAAAAAAAUUUAGAUUUGAUGCGACAAGAUAUAGUGAGUGUCUUAAAAAGUUCCAGUUCUUCUUUUGUAAAAGAGCUUGUGGCAGUCAGUUCUGUGGCAUUGUUUAGAUGGGGUAUUUUAAGAGCAUUUUUCAGAUCCUAUUUUGUUUUCCUAAGUCUUAAUAAUCGCAACACAAAACCUAAAAACAAAUAUUUAAUAUUAAGAAAAUACAAAUCAUAUCGUUUUCCUAAUCGAAAUAACCUAUGCACUAAAAACCUGGAAUCUGUGAAAAUGGUUCAAGUUUACAGCCAACCAGCUUUUAAGAUAAAAAAACAACUUACAGUUACAGCGCAAUUUCAGUUGUCCUUAUCGUCACUUAUGGAAACACUUAAUCAGGCAAAUCCCUAUUUUAUUCGCUGUAUUAAGUCAAACUUGUACAAACUUCCAAAUAAAUUUGAUGAAUCAACAGUUGCACGUCAGUUAAAGUAUACUGGGAUGCUAGAAACAGUCAGAAUCCGAAGAGCUGGUUACAAUGUACGCAUUAGUUAUUCAGAAUUCACACUACUUUAUAGAGUGCUUCUUCCAAAAGGAACUAAAAGCAAUAAAAAUGAUAUACAAGAUUUUUUGAAUCUAAUUGAUUUAAACAAGCAACAUUAUCAAUUGGGAAAUACAAAAAUUUAUAUGAGAGAAUCGCAAAAAAUACAGCUUGAUGUAAAACUACACACUAAAAUAAUUAAUAGUAUAAGAAAAAUUCAAAAGUGGUUUAGGAAAAUUUUAAAAGCCAGGAAAUAUGUUUUACUUCAUCAAAGUGCUUUGAAGAUUCAAAAAUCUUGGAGAGUUUACGUUGCUCGGAAGAAACUUAAACUUUUAAAAUCAGAAUACAAAGCAGCAAUUAUUAUUCAACGAUGGUGGCAUACAGUAAAGAUUCGCAAAUGGUUCAGAAAAUUAAGAGAAGGAUGUAUUAUUGUGCAAGCUCAUAUAAGAGGGUAUAAUGCAAGGCAACGAAUCAAAGCGAAAAAGUUAUUACCGCUUCCAAUGUAUCCAGAAAAGUCAAAUUUCCAAAUAAGCAAAAAGCUUCUUAAAAAAGGAACGAGUCAUUCUCUAGUAGCUCCAAAUAACGAUACGUUUUCGCAAUCGCAAAUAAAUAGUGAAGAUAAAAAAGGCAUUCCAAUCAAACGUACAUUCCUAGAUACAAAAACCCAAACUCCAUUAAACGUAUCAAAAAAUAAUAAGAAAGUUUCAAAGUUUUCAACAACACGAGAAUAUACGGAUUCAACAGACAGAAUCAUAAGUGAUGCGAAAGAACUACGUGUCAUGCAAGAUUUCAUAACUCAAAAAAUAUACAAAAUGGAAACAAAUACGACAAAAAGUUCGGAGGUUGAUAAAGUAUUCAAGCAAGCCCUUAAGGAAUUCAAUGAAAAUUUAGUUGCACAAUAUAGUGUGGCAAACAAACAGGAUUCUGGAGUGUUAAAUAUAAAGUAUAGAGAUCUUAUUGCAAACUUUGAAAGAGUCAUAGAAACUACAGCAGUAUCGAAAACUGGUUUUCCACUUACCAUGGGAGUAAACGCUUUUAGAGGCUUUAUGAAUGAGUUUAUGGGCUCUAGAGACCAAAUUAAAUUGAAAACCAAACAAAAGAAAGACAAGAAAAAGAAGAAUUCUAAUUUUACAGUACAUAACGGUCAUGUGUUCCAACUGACUAUAAUAAAUAUAGCGACCGCAUGUGAAGUCUGUCAGCUUUUCUUAUUAUGGCCCAUCGAACGAGGACAUGUAUGUUUAAAUUGUAGACUAACUUGCCAUAAAAAAUGCCUAAACAAAACCUUAAAGUGCAAUAAAAUAUCUCUUAGUUUUAACGGGAAACAAAAGCUAUUUGGAGUACCACUGUCAGUUUUAUGUUAUUAUAGCUCAGAUAAGUGUGUACUGCCACAGCAAGUAGAAGAACUUUUCUGCAAAAUUGAAAUACAUGGCCUAUAUUCAGAAGGACUCUACAGAAAAAGUGCAGUGAGUUCUAAAAUCAAAGAUUUAAAAGAAAAGCUGGAAAAUGGGCUUAAGAAUAUAGAUAUUGAUAUUUAUAAUGUGCAUGUGUUAGCAAACACGUUAAAACUUUUCUUAAGAGAAAUGCCAGAACCAUUAUUGAGCUUUGAUUUGUACGAUGAUUUCUUGAGAGCUGCCGAUUUGGAUGACAAUAGUGAUCGAAUUCAAACUAUUUUAUCUCUAACUAAAAAUUUGCAAUCCUCGCAUCAAAUACUCUUUGAAAGGUUAAUUUUUCAUUUAGCUCUUGUUGCAUAUAAAGAACAGUACAACAGAAUGUCAACAAGUUCAUUGGCUAUUGUCUUCGCUCCAUGUAUAUUAAGGACAAAUCGCUGCAUUCCCGCACAAGAGAGUUUAUGUGAUAUUGGACGACAAACCAAGUGUAUAGAGGCCUUGAUUAUACAAAAAAUGCAAAAUAUAAAGCAUACUUUAAAUAAUAUAGACACACUAGAUAUAGCAACCAAUACAGCUUCAGAAAAACUUUUGUCGCUACGUUGCUCAAAGUCUGGAAAACAAGAGUCUGAACAAAAAAUUACACCGAAUACGUUUGAAAGUAAUGCAGAAGAAAUGCUUUUGGAAGGUCAUAUAGAAGAGUUGAUGAAAGAAAAGACACAAUUGACUUUGAAUUUACCUAAUUUGAUGCGCACACCAUCCGACGAUGAUCUUUUGUCAACUGAUUUAGAAUAUGACAAUGAGAGUUUAGAUGAAUUCAAAGAAGAGUAUAAAAAACAUCGAAAAUUAUAUAAGACGUUAAGCAAAGAGUUGGCAGAUGAUAAUAUUUUACCAUUCAAAAAUGAAAACAACUUUAAAAAUAAAAAUUGCCAAUUUGGGUACUGUAUAGAUAAGAUAAACAUGGAAGCAUGAAAUUACUACUACUGUGAAUAAAACGAUCAUUAGUUGUUUACUAACAAAUGACUUGCAAUAUAUAUUAACUGAUGCCUUACUCUUCUCUUCGAUUAGGAAGAAAAAAAAAA